UUUCUCAUGGUCAACCUGUAAGGACAAAGAGACAUAGGUAUUUUUUUCAUAAUCCCACAAACAAGAUUCCUUACUCUACUCAUUUAAUUUCUUUCAUUUAAUAAUCAGCCCCCACACAAGAAAAGACACCAACCUAUCUACACAAACACACUUUCCUCAACCUUUACAUUUACUCUCAAGAAUUAAUACACUCUAUCUCUCUAGCUAGUGUCAUCCAUAGCAUUCCGAGAUUUUGCGUUCAGUAUACUUCAACAACAAUAGGACUUAAAAACAUGGGUUUUGGAAUUUCUGAUCAUGGUACUUGUAACACUGGCCUUGGUUUAGGGCUAAUCUGCCAUGAAAAGGAAGAAAACUCCUCUCAGCAUCAAUCUGAUCGGCAUCGUCAAGGAAAGAAGAAGAAACUUUCUUUGAAAUAUGACCAUAUGUUCCCAUCUCUCACGUUAGGCCUUCCACAAGAGGCAUAUGCAUCGGUUAAUAAGGUGGAGCCAGAUUUACAGCCGCAGGCAUCAUCUCCUAGUGCAGUUUCCUCAUUUUCUAACUCAAGUGUCAAGAAAGAGAGAGAUUCUGGUGGUGGUGGUGGUGGUGAAGAGGUAGACGGAGAAAGAGUCUCUUCAAGAGUAAGUGAUGAAGAUGAAGAAGGAAGUCCAAGAAAGAAACUUAGACUUACCAAACAACAAUCUGCUAUUUUGGAAGACAACUUCAAAGAACACAGCACUCUCAAUCCUAAGCAAAAGCAAGCCUUAGCAGAACAGCUCAAUCUCAGGCCACGUCAAGUAGAAGUAUGGUUCCAGAACAGAAGAGCCAGGACUAAGCUGAAGCAAACUGAGGUAGACUGUGAGGUACUAAAGAAAUGUUGCGAAACGCUAACAGAAGAGAACAACAGGCUGCAGAAGGAAUUGCAAGAGCUCAAAUCGUUGAAACUGCAGGCUGCACCCUUUUAUAUGCAGUUGCCUGCAGCUACCUUAACUAUGUGCCCUUCUUGUGAGCGGAUUGGCGGUGGUGGUGAUGGCAGCUCUUCCACAAGCACUAUAACCGUCGGAGUUGGAUCGAAACCUCAUUUCUACAGUCCUUUCACCCAUCCAUCGGCAGCAUGUUAGGCAAAGUAUGAGGCCACAGCACAUGUAUUUUAUGUUCUUGGCUUCUGUAUCAUAUGAUUAAUUAAGGCACUAAUGAAACUAAUUUUGUAGAGUCUAUCUCUAUCUCCUUUCUA